AUGUCAGAUAGUCCAGAGAACGUUUUGAACCUAGCUACACAAGGGCUUAGGUAUUAUGAUUUUGUAAUUUUUUUUUUUUACUUUUCGUUUCUCUCUCUCUCUCUCUCUCUCUCUCUCUCUCUCUCUCUCUCUCUCUCUCUCUCUCUCUCUCUCUCUCUCCAUCCUUCACAUCUUUUUGUCUGUCUGUCUUUGUCUCUAUGGCUCUCCUUUUCUUUAUUGCUCUCUCACAUUAUCUCUCUUGUUUAUCUCUCUCUCUCUCUCUCUCUUCUUUCUUUAUUUCUUUCUUUCUUUACCCUUGUAUAUCAUCAUCUCUCAUUUCUCUCUAACUUGUCUUACCCUUUCUGUCUGUCUGUCUGUCUCUCUCUCUCUCCUUCUUUCUGUCUGUGUCUCUACGGCUCUCCUUUUCUUUAUGGCUCUCUCUCAUAUUAUCUCUCUUGUUUAUCUCUCUCUCGCUCUCUUUUUUCUUUCUUUCAUUUUACCCCCUUUCUUUCUUUACCCUUGUAUAUCAUCAUCCUUCAUUUCUCUCUAACUUGUCAUACCCUUUCUCUCUCACUUAUCUCUCUAAUAUCACGACUGUUUCUUUCAAUCUCGCGUCUUUUCCCUUACCCAUUCAUUCACUCUUGUCUCUCUCAAUCUCUUCUUUCUUUCUUUCUUUCUUUCUUUCUUUCUUUCUUUCUUUCUUUCUCUGCGUUAUUCUCUUUGCUUUCUCUUUCUUUCUGUUACUUACGCAUUCGCCCUCUCAUUGAUUUCUCUCAUUCUCUCUCCUCUUCCUUUCUCACUCUCUUGUUUGUCUUUGACACUUUUCUUCUCCAAUUCUCUCACGUCACUAUCUCACAUCCCUCAUUUCUCGCUCACUUGUCUUACCCUUUCUCUCUCUCUCUCUCUCACUUGUCUCUCUAA